AUGGACAAACAUGCAUCGCCUACUGUGAGGCUAGACUUACAGUUGCACCAUCGUAAGGCAGAAAAAGUCCAAACCAACCUUAAAGAAGACAGUGCUUCUUCCCAGCAACCCGGAAGUGAGAUUUGCAUAGAUCUAGAAAAAGUAUUAUUCGUUCCAACGUUAACUCACUCCGAUAUGUAUUAUAUGAGGCAACUGUCUGUUUACAACUUUAGUGUGCAUAUUGCUGAUACAAAUGAAGCAUUUAUGUGUAUUUGGAAUGAAACCGAAGCGUCCAGAGGUUCUAAUGAAAUCAUGUCCUGCUUACUAAAGGUUUUAAAUUCCAAUGUUACAGAAAAGGAGAAACUGAACAUAUGGUGUGACAACUGCACAGGGCAAAAUAAGAAUCGGGUGGCAAUAUUUUUGAUCCUGUUUUUGACAUCUAUCGGUCUAUUCACAGAAAUUACUUUGAAAUUCUUCGUUAGCGGUCACAACUACUUACCAAAUGAUCGUCAUUUCGCACAGAUUGAAAGGAGGAGAAGACUUAAAAAAUGCUUCGUGUCUGAGGACAUACAACAGCUCAUCAGAGAGACCAAAUCCAUACAGCCAUAUAAAGUUGUGAAUAUGGAACCCGGACAUUUUUUAAAUUUACAACAAGCUGCGGAUUCCUUAAUAUCUACUACUAAGCUUUCAAUAUCGACGCUGUCACAGAUACGAGUUACAAAAAAUCUCACAGUGAUAUCGAAAGUUGGCAAAAGUUAA